AUGACAUCCAACCCGUCUUCCCAUGCACCAAUUGGGGCGGCUCCCGAGGCCACUACCUCCAUCAGUGCGAACGAGAAGACGGCCCAGGACGAUCACGAAGCGCUUCCGCAUGCUUCAGCUGUCGUCGAUGGCCAGGAUGAAGCGAUCGCUAUGGUUGGAGAGCAGACGCGCGCUGUUGAUCCAGUAGUUGCGGCACGAGCCGUGCGAAAAAUCGACCUCUUCCUCAUCCCCAGUAUGAUCCUUGGAUAUGGCCUUGUGUACUACGAUAAGGCUAUCCUUGGAUCUGCCGUCCUCUUUGGCAUGACCACAGACCUCAGCCUCACCGUUGUUGACUCUUCCACCACCCCGCCAACUGUGGACACACGUCGUCUUAGCUGGGCCACCUCUCUCUUCUACUUUGGAAUGUUGGCAGGUCUGUACCCGAUGACAUUUGCUCUCCAGCGCUUCAACAUUGGUCGCGUUCUCGGCGGUGUUGUCAUCCUCUGGUCUGGUAUCUGCAUGCUCACUGCCGCCGUCACCUCCCACCAAGGCCUCUACGUCCAAAGGUUCUUCCUCGGUUUCGUCGAGAGCAUUAUCCCGACCGGUUUCAUGUGCAUUGUCUCUGGUUACUACACCCAGUCGGAGCAGUCUCUCCGCCAGAGCUGGUGGUUCUCCUCCACCGGCCUGUUCACCAUCAUCGGCGGAGGGCUCAACUACGGCUUCGCACAAAUCAAAGGGGGUGGGCUUCACAGCUGGCAGUACAUCUACCUCAUGGCCGGCGCUGUGACUUUCCUCUUUGGUCUGCUGUGCUUUGUCAUUCCCAAUUCUCCCGUGUCCGCCUGGUUCCUUACCAAGGACGAGAAGUUUGCCGCAGUGGAGAGGCUUCGGUACGGACAGACUGGUGUUCGAUGCACCACCUUCAAAAAGUCACAGCUGAAGGAGGCUGUUCUCGAUGUCAAGAUCUGGCUUGUAGCACUGAUGAUGGCUUCGGCAUACACAGUGAAUGGUGCGGUGAGUGGGUUUGGACCUCUGAUCGUUUCCACAUUCGGCUGGUCAACACUCGAUUCAAUUCUCUUCCAAUUUCCCCUGGGUGGCCUAUGCUUCAUAGUCAUUCUUCUCACUGGCUACCUUGGAUCCAAGUUCAACAACAUUCGCAUCUUCAUGCUGGUCUUCACGUGCCUCCCGGUCAUUGCUGGCUGUGCAAUCAUCUGGAAGAGUGAGUGGUCCUACCACGCAGCUGCUCCCGUGGUUGGCUACUCCAUCACUGGUUUCUUCGGCGGCACUGUGAGCCUGAUAAUCACUGUUGGCAUGUCCAAUGUGGCCGGACACACCAAGAAGAGUUUCAUGGCAGCGACCAUCUUUGUGGCCUACUGUGUGGGAAAUAUCGUUGGUCCCCAGCUUAUUUGGAGCGAGACCAAGAAGGACCAUUACCCUGCCUUGUGGACUGGUUUGAUCAUCUGCUAUGUCAUUUGCAUUCUCGCAUCUCUGACCCUUUACGUUGUUCUGCGUAAGGAGAAUAAGAAACGGGAUCAGAUCCCUGUAGACGAGACUGAACGGGCCAAACUAGCAUUCCAAGAUCUCACAGACAAGGAAAACCCGUAUUUCCGUUAUGUCUACUAA